UUCAAAUGUUUAAUUUGAAAAGUUUUGUUUGUAAUCAAUGUGAUUUACUCUUUAUUCCGUUUAGAUAGCUAUAAAUAGCAAAAAAUGGAUUCCGAAGUGAAAAAUAAGCCGAUUAAUCAGCCAAAGACGAUGGCAGAACUGUUACCUGGAAUUUGUGGUAUACUAUCUGAGGAGGCAGUGCAAACUCUAACUUCUAAAAAGCAACCACGGUCCACAAUGGUUCAGUCGAGGACUGCUGAGAAAGUCAUUAAACCAAUGACUAUUGCUGAAAUGAGGGCUGAUAUAUUGUCAUUAAGGGUACAAUCACCUAGAAAAUUUGCACAACCUACUGCUUCCAUGAAGAAAAGAAAUUGGAAUUCCUCUGUAAAAGUGGAAAACAAAAGCAAAAGUCACACAGCGGAUGGACAAAUGAAAUACAAUUCUGUUAGAAAAGUCCUUAAUUUUCAGCCCAAAGCUAAACCACCGAGCACCAGAGCCACAAUGUUGACAUCUGAGACACCUAAAUUUCCAAAACCUGAACCAAGAGCCAAGAAAUCACUUCAUAUUCAAAGUAAAACCAACGUAAGAAUCAGUGGAAUAUGUAAUAUACCACAAACACCUAUAACAUUAAAUAAAACUAAUACAAAUCGUUACACUAUGCUGCAACAUGCCAACAAUCAAAAAAACAAGGAGAACAUUUCUAACAUUGCCAACAUAAACAAGAAGAUAGCUGUACCAAAGCCUUAUAAUCACAAAAAACUUGUUACUCUCAAACCUGAGACUCCCAUUUCAAAUAUAUCAUUUAAAUCUAACAGUGACGCUAGUUUCCUGGAAAGAGAGAAAGAAAUAAAUGAAGAAGAAGAGAAAACAAAAGCUAUAACAGAAGAAUCCACUUUGGAAAAUAUAGCAGAAGUCUCCCCACCAGUUUCAACACCUUUCAAAGAAUACAGAAGUGUUCAAGAAUUUUUCAAUUAUACUGCAGAGUCUGAUAAUUCUGGUGUUUGUAAUGAAACAGUCACAUGUUUUGAAAAAAUCUCUAUGAGCAACGAAUGCAAGAGAGAAGAAAGUGUAAUAGUAUCUCUUUGUGAUAUGUUAAACAAAGCAACAGUCAACACCUCCGAUAAAGUUAGUACAGAACUUGAUGAUUUAUUAGAAGUGGAAAAGCAAACAGAAAAGAAUAUCAAAAUGCUUGAAAAUGGUAUCAAAACGUUGAAUAGCAUCAAAGAAUCACAAAUAAAGUCAUUACAAUCUGUGAGAAAAUUGAUAAAUGAAAAGAAAAUGCGAAAAGUUUCAGAAAGUGAAAAGGAUAUAACAAUGGUCCAAAUAAAAACUGAGCGUAAGAGUGAACCUAGCCCGGUAAACAGCCCAGAGUUAAAUAGACCUUCAGUUAUAAAGAUAAAAUCACCGUCAUACAAAAUACCUAAGAAGAACUUAUGUCUGAGAAAAAAAGUAUUUCAUAAGUCAAUGCCAAAUGUAUCGGAUGGAAUGCAAACUCCGAAGAGGGAUACUAACAAAGCUUUAAGUAUGUAUAUGCAAAUGAAAGAGAACAUGAAUUUUCUUACCACACCAUUAGUAAAACACCAUAGUGUGGAACCUCCAGACACACCUGCUCUGACAUCACAUAACUUACAAAGGCAAUUGGACAAGCUGUUUAAUGGAAGCUAAAAAUUAAUAGCACACUUCAUAAAUACUGGAGUGUGCUUAUAAACAAUAAUUUAUUAUAUAUUUAACAUUACAUUAACAUACAGUACUACGCUACAUUUUUGACAUAAUGUAUUUUAAUAAUUAACUUUAAAAACAAAGAAAAUUUGGAUGUAUGUCUAUGAUAUAAUAAAUCUAUUCUCACCUCAAUGAUGUAUGUAUAUGGAAACAAUUUUACUAAUAUAUUGAUAAAUGUUAUUUUACUUUUUUAAACCAAAUAUUAUGCUACUGGCUAGCUUAUUAAUCUGAAAGGAAUAUUAUUUUCUUGAUUGCAUCGUAGUUAAGACGAUUUUUGCUUGCAUUUGUUGUAAUAUAAUGUUAGAAAAAUUUUGUACAUAAUAAGUUUUUAUGAAUAAAUAAAUUAAGAAGUAA